AUGGGACAGCCAGAUAUGCCAUUACAUCGUUCGUAUAAAGAUGCUAUAAGGGCCUUGAACUCCCUUCAGUCCAACUACGCCACAAUUGAGGCUAUUCGAAAGUCUGGUAACAACAGAAGUGCUAAUAACAUCCCUGAAAUGGUGGAAUGGACCAGAAGGAUAGGUUACUCUCCAACCGAAUUCAACAGGUUGAACAUCAUUCAUGUGACGGGGACUAAAGGUAAGGGUUCCACAUGUGCAUUUGUGCAGUCAAUUUUGAAGAGAUACAAGAACAAAGACUUCGCCACAGCGUCCAGAAACUCAAGUAGCUCCACCCUUGCAAGUUCAAGAUCCAAUGAACUUGAAAAACCCCACAUAACCAAGGUUGGAUUAUAUUCCUCUCCACACUUGAAGUCUGUGCGGGAACGUAUCAGAAUCAAUGGGAAGCCUCUAACUGAGGACCUUUUCACCAAAUACUUCUUUGAAGUAUGGGACAGACUUGAAAACUCUGAAUCUAACCCUUCUACGUUCCCUCAGUUGAGCCCAGGUUUGAAACCUGCCUACUUCAAAUAUUUAACCCUACUGUCUUUCCAUGUAUUCAUGAGUGAAAACGUCGAUUCUGCCAUCUACGAAGUUGGAGUUGGUGGAGAGUUCGAUUCCACGAACAUAAUAGAAAAACCCACAGUUACUGGAGUUUCUGCUCUUGGCAUUGAUCACACUUUCAUGCUGGGAAAUACCCUCACAGAUAUUGCCUGGAACAAAUCUGGUAUAUUCAAAGAAGGAGUUCCAGCUGUUUCAGUACCACAACCAGAGGAAGGUAUGAAUGAACUCGUCAGAAGAGCUGAAGAGAGAAAGGUAAAGUUCUUCAAAGUCGUUCCUGACAGGGAUCUCAGUGAUAUCAAACUGGGACUCGCAGGUGCUUUCCAGAAAGAGAAUGCGAACUUGGCCAUAGAGCUUGCCGCAAUUCACCUACAGAAAUUGGGAUUCAAAGUUGAUGUAAAGGAUGACCUUCCAGAUGAAUUUGUGGAGGGUUUAUCUAGCGCAACGUGGCCUGGUAGAUGUCAGAUUAUAGAAGAACCCGAGAACCAAAUUACUUGGUAUUUGGAUGGUGCCCAUACCAAGGAAAGUAUCGAGGCUUCUUCCCAGUGGUUCACUGAAAAGCAAACCAAGUCUGAUCAAACUGUACUUUUGUUUAAUCAGCAAACUAGAGAUGGUGAAGCACUGAUUAAACAGUUGCAUGGCGUAGUGUACCCGAAAUUAAAGUUCAACCAUGUUAUCUUCACUACUAACUUAACGUGGUCAGACGGAUACUCUGAUGACCUCGUGUCUUUGAACAUCUCCAAAGAGGAAAUUGAUAAUAUGGAUGUUCAGAAGGCACUUGCUGAAACUUGGAACAGUCUCGAUAAAGCAAGUCGUAAACAUAUUUUUCACGAUAUUGAAACAUCCAUUAACUUUAUUCGUUCGCUCGAAGGUUCUGUGGACGUUUUUGUUACCGGAUCUUUACACUUGGUGGGAGGAUUCCUGGUUGUUUUGGAUAGAAAAGAUUUGCCUAAUUAA